AUGCAGGCUACUCCAUUGGGUAACUUUAUGAAACAGACAUGUGUUUUUGCUGUGAAUAUUGGACUCAAAGGUUAUGAAAAGAUGUUAAAUAAAAUCUACAAGGGCAUUGGAGGUUUAAAGCUCGAUGUGUCAGACUGGUUGGUAUAUCUACGGGGAGAAGUUGAUCCUAUCGUAUUCAUUAAGAAAUUGUAUGUAGCGAGAAGGUACGUUGAGCUUUUCCGAAUUGAUUAUGGAUAUGAAGAGGAUCCACAAGGAACCCGGAGACCAAAUUCCCACUUCAUGAGAUGUCGCUUCGAGAUAAACACAUUAGAAAUAAGUUGGUAUAAGAAAAUCAUGGGAGCUUUGAAGACCAUCCAAGGUGUAUCUUUUACCUUAGACGCACAACCUGCAGCUAUGGGAUCUCCUCCGAUGGCAUACUUAUGUGGGAACAUUGAAAUUGGAGUGCUCAUGAAGAUGCUCGUGAAGACAGGGAUUGAACUGUCGGCAAUGGAAUAUGGCGUCGAGUAUAAAGAUGCAAACUUAAACCCACCUCCACCUCCCAAGAAACUUGAGGCUCCUCCUGCAAACGGAACUGAGACACAGCCCGCAAAAGACACGGUGCCUCCUACACUUAAGGUUGAUAGUACAUCAUUAACGGAGCACAAACAAGUCAUAUACAAGAAGCCUCGUGGUUUUAGACGGUUAUUUUGUAAAUAA